UCAAAUUAACAACAGUAACCUCGAAUAAAACAAAACAAAGAAUUUAUAACGAGAAAUGGAUGAAAUAUCAAAAGAAUUAGACAUAAAUAAGAAAGAUAUUUUUACCACCGCUUCACCAAAUUUAUUCGCGGUCGUUGUUCAUAAUAGUUGGUUAACAUGGUUCAAAAACGCAGAAGUUUCUAAUUGUGUUGAAAAAGAAUUGGGUUUGACACUGCAACCUGGUGAAAGUGUUCCUUAUCCAUGGAGAAAAAUAUUUAUUAGGGUUUUAAGUAAAAAAGUAUCUAAAGUAUUACCACUUCCACGAUAUAAAUUAAAUGAGAAUAUAGUUGAGACACCGUUAACGUUCGCCCAACUGCUACAGUAUGUCUCUCAGAGUAAUCAGCGUAACUUAUGGAAAGAGUCCUAUAAGAAAUAUUGUCAAAAUAAUGAAAGUAUCAAGGAUAGUACCAUAGUAAGUCUCUUAGAACAUGACCAAUUGGUGGCGGAAGUGAUAUUAAGACUGUAUGGCUGUCAUAUAAUAAGAGUCAGAUCAGCAGGAAAAUUUACUUACUACAAGGAAUCAACUAGCAAACAUGUCUUGAAAUCAUAUGAGACUCAUGCAAAUUUAUUAGCAGCUAUGUUUGUACUAGAAACAAAUAAUAAUUACUUUAUUGUGUACAGGGGACAUUAUGAAAAUAAUUUAUUAGAUUGCCUUAACUUUAGUCCAAAUUUAGUAGAUAAGACAUAUGCCAGAGGUUUGUUUAUUGUAUACCAGUUACUAAGUGUUUCUAAGGCUCUUUCGGACCGAGGACUAAGUCUGGGUACUCUUAAAUUACAAGAUAUAUAUAUGUCUGAGGAUCUGUGGCUUCAAAUUAUUCCACCAAUUACUAACAAUAUCCAUUGCAUUGACCCAGCAUUGAUAUGUGAGCAAAAUAGAAAUAGACAUACCUCUUGCCAAAGUACUCAACUAAACAGUGAAAAUACUCAAAAAAAAGAAGAGGAGUGGUGUUGGAGGAGUGAUGCCGUGCAAUUGGAGAAGUUGUGUAUGCUCUGGGUGAGAGGCAGGAUAUCUAACUUAGAUUACUUGUUGCAUUUAAAUGUGUUAGCAGGGAGAUCUGCUAAUGACCCACAGGCUCAUUUUAUGGUUCCCUGGGUUACUGAUUUCAGUUCUAGAUGUGGACGCAACUGGCGAGACUUGAGCAAAUCAAAAUAUCGCUUAAACAAAGGUGAUCGUCAGCUGGAUAUGACUUAUGAUGUCCUUAGUUGUAACGGUCAGAUCCCACACCAUGUCACAGAUGCCCUAUCUGACAUCACAUGUUAUGUUUAUUUAGCUCGCAGAACUCCAAAGGACACUCUCUGCAAAUAUGUGCGUAAUAAAUGGGUGCCAGCAGAGUACCCUGCUUCAAUUCAACGCAUGCAAGAAUGGACUCCUGAUGAAUGCAUACCAGAAUUUUACACGGACCCUACAGUCUUCAAGAGUAUGCAUGAAGAUUUGCCGGACUUGGGCAUACCGUCCUGGGCGACUUGUGUCGAAGAUUUUAUAACGAAACAUCGAGAAGCUUUGGAAAGUACGCACGUGUCCGAAAACCUUCAUCAUUGGAUUGAUAUAACUUUUGGUUAUAAAAUGUCGGGAUCGGCAGCGGUGAAAGCAAAAAACGUGUGCCUGUCGCUCGUGGACGGCAGCACGCGCACGCGGCGCGGCGCGGCCGUGCAGCUGCUGGGCGCGCCGCACCCGCCGCGCCGCCUGCGCGCGCCGCCGCCCGCGCCGCCGCGUCUGCGCUGGACGGCGCCGAGAGACGCCAAAAAAUCCGUCCGUGAUAGUUCCGAUGAGGUAUCUGACGAUGAAGAAGAAUCGAGCAGUCUUCCACAGCAUGUAUCCCGUUUAACCGUCCCAGUUCAAAGAGUUCGCCGUCACAAAAGUGCUAGUAGAGCACGUUCGUUAUGUAAGGGGCAAGAAGAAGAUAUUUCAAAUAGUGAGAACCGGGCUUCGUCCCACUCCAGACACUAUAGAGUCCAGCGUUCUGAACUUGGUAAAGAUAUAAUAUACUUGCCCAAAGAGUUCAAUCCCGCUGCAUCAAUUCAAGCAUUAGAAGCGCUUGACAAUUUUCAUACUAAAUGUUUCUUUAGCAAAGCGGAAGAUAAAGACAAACAAAAGGACUCCGUAACAAAAAAUCCUUAUCCAGUUCCACAAGAAACAAAAGAAAACGGACAUCCAUCCUCUAGUAGGGAAGCAUUAGAAGAGACGGCUUUUACGAAUCACAUGUUCCUUGCGUCCUACAAUCAGGGUUAUUUGAAAAAGUUUAGUCAUGAUAAUUUAGAGAUAAGAAAAGAGAGAAAAAAUAGAAUGUUCAAUACUCGUGACACGACCGAUGCAGCCGUAUUUAAGCAAUUUGUAACCGAGAGUCGACGGCAAGACAUGCUCGUGAUUGGGUGCCUUAUUGUUGAAAUAUUCUUACAUACCUAUAUGCGUCCCUUAAGAUUAUCGAACGAAAAUUUUCUAGAAAGAUAUAAAAGUUGCAGAACAAUAUUAAAAUAUAAUUUUAAUUCGAUGCCGAAAUGUGUUAGCUACGUAGCGUCGUUGCUUUUAAACGUUGAACCUCCAAGCUUGAGCUUAAAGAAUGAAAUUACACUUUCUAGGGAAGAACCAACUAAAAAUAUAAUCGUCACAGAUAAAGGCUUGCCACCGCCUACACUCUCUCAGUUGUUACAGCCUCUUUUAAUGCAACAUUUAAUACCCUUUCCACAAAGUUUUAGUGUAUUAUAUAGCCUCAUUAGUACGAUACAUGAAUACGAGCUAACAAACAAUGAACUCCAAAUACUCUAUACUUACGAAUGUGAUGGUAGCCAAUGUGAAAUUUAUCAAAACAUUGACAAGACUAAACUUUACUUUACACAGAAAAUAGCGGAAGGGAAAAUACAAGCUUGUAUCAAUCAUUUAGGAAUUCUAUUGAAUCAAGUUACUAAUGACAACCAAUUUAAUGUUCUUGAUAUUUUUCUCCAAUAUUAUAUACAAAUGCUCGAAAAUAAAGAGACUUCUGUGCUCGCUGCGUGGCACUUGUUUGAUGUGAUAAGUAAAGCAUUAGGUCCUUCGGAGACAAACAAGAAACUCUUGAGACAUAUAUUGAAUCUCUAUGAAGAUGACGAAUAUGUCUACGAUAAGUCAGAUCAACAUAAGUUGACAGAUGUUGACGCUAUCACGAGCUCAAGUUUGGCGAGUAAACAGAAGUACGUUAAACUGUAUCACCAUAUAUUUCUUCUCCAAUUAAUGGUCAGAUUGGGCCUUCAGUGUUUCUUAGAUAAUUUUACACAACAUUUAGUAGAAGCAGUUGGUGGGUACAAAGAUACUGUGAGUACUGAAAGUGGAUCUCCUGGCCAUCUUUGUCACAAUCGAGCAACUUUAAGCAAGAAGCCAAGAUACUCUGAUGAUAAUCUUAAGAAUGCUUUAAUUAAUACUUCCGAUAUGUUUUCUCCUGAUACCUCUUAUGGAUCUGAACACGUCGUCACUCCAAACAUAGACAAAAGCAUUUCGGAUGUGAAUGAUGUAACGAAAGAAAAAGAUCACGAUAGUCGAAGUGAGAACGAGUUAUUCCAUUUCGAAAAUGAUAAGGACAGAAAUCCAAGUCGAAACAGCAGAAGUAAAUCUCCGACUGGUUCUUUGGAUUCAAACAACAAAGACUCUAAUUUAAUUCCGUCUCCUUCACCAACAGCAGAGUACAUUUCACCAGGUAAUUCGAGAUUCUUUACGAACAUUUCGUCAACGAAUUCGAAAGAAAGUAGUGCAAUAACUGAUGAAAAUCAAGAUACAACUUCGGAUUCAAAUAAAAUACUUCCGUCACCGACCAUUGAAAUACCAAGACCUAUGUUUACCAGUUAUUUGCAUUUUGCUGAAGAUGAUCAAAAGUCAGAUAGCGUGGAAUCAACAAACGAACCUCUGUUACGACACAUUAAGAGUUUAGACUUCACUCGGAAUGUAGCAAAUAAAGUUGUUAACAUAUCUCUAGGGAAUGAAGAGGACAAUGAACGUGACGAUAAAAAUAAUACGGACUAUAAAAUAUCAGACAUGAGUUCCGAAAGUCUCAUAUGGCUGUCGCACAGACUUGGUCCAGUGCUUACAUGUAGAUAUAUCACAAGGAAUCUGCUAAAGAUGCUGACUCUAUGUUAUAUCGGUAAAGAAAACUUGGCACCCUGGGAUGGAGAUGAAAAGGAUGAAUUUGAUGAAAUAUCGAUAGUGAACAGUAAAGUCGUCGGCGAUAGAAACGCAAUGAAAGUCAUUAAAUGUCUGACUUCUAUUGUCGCUAUGUAUGGAGAGCAUCUAAUAAUAUUUCAGUAUCUCCCACACAUGGGGGAACUGAUCGCGUCCUGUAGGCGUCGGUUGUCCACGCCGCUGGAGGGCGGAGUGGUGGCUUGUUUGCAGCUUAUAAAGUAUCUUCUGCCAUUUAUAUCAGAUGUCAAGGUCAUGGAACAAUUGCAAGACACGUUCCUGAAGUCGAUCCUGCAGCCGGCGCUGCGGCUGGCGUCCACGGCGCGCUGCGCGUACCCGAGCGGCGCGCGGGCGCGCGGCGCGCUGUGCCGCAAGCUGCUGGGCGCGCUGCACGCCGUGGCGCUGCGCGUGGGGCCCGAGAUGACGCGCCGCCAUCUCUGCGUGCCCGCGCUGCAGAGAUUUUUUUUAGCGUUCGAUAAAGCGAGUGGGAAAACUGAUAAUUGGCCGAAACAGGAUGAAAAUAAUCUCGAAAAGUCGUCGGAGCAGGACUCGGCGGAUUCGAAACUAGAGGGGUUCCUGGAGAUAUGUCGCGACGGCAGUACGGCGGAGUGGGCUAUUAAGGACGGCCGUGUUGUUCGGUCUGAUUUACCAGAACUAGCGUGCACUCCCCCUUCCUUGGGCGACCGGCAUGACGUCACUACUCUCUCAGCACAAGAAGAGCUAUUAAUGGUGUUUGACGAAGAGCUCGCGUAUCAUUCGUACACGACAUUCGCGAAGCUGAUCGGCACAGAUACCUUGGAGAGGUGUUUGAAGAACAGUGAGACUAUUCGAGCAUUGUGUUCGAAGUACAGACAGGCGAAUUUAAUCAGUUCACCCCUUCACACGACACGUCCAGACAAACGUUUUCAAUCCUCGCUCAGCGACGAGCCCCUGACCCGUAAAACGAUAGAUAUACCGUCCAGACCAGAUGUAGCCAUGGACCACAUCUCCAACUCAAAUAGCUUCGGUUCGAACGUCACGCUGGUGGGCAACAGGAUAGAUGUCAGUAACGCGUGCGAGAGUGCGGGUCAGGUCGACGGGUUUGGUGUCGUCGCUUAUAAAAUGGAUGCUGGGAACAAGAGCGAGAGGCACCUUCGGGGCGAUUGGCUGAUAUAUUGGGAGCACGAAAUCGGUCGGGCCGACAAAGACGCGCGGUUCAACUUGAAGCAGAUUAAGUUACAAACAUUCGUUGGACACUCGCAUUCGGUUAAGUCUAUACAUUGUUUAGACAAUGAGAACAGUUUCAUGAGCGGUUCCAAGGACAAGACCGUUAGACUUUGGUCUUUAAGGAAUCAGGGUGACGGUAACGCGGUGACUCAGUGCAAUUGGACUUACACCGGUCAUAAGAAAGGCGUCCUGUCCCUGACGUUCCUGGAGUCGCUCCGCCUGGCCGUCUCCACCGACUCCGUGGUUCACAUAUGGGAUCCGUUCAUGGAGAGUGUCGUGUGUCAGCUGGACGGCCCGCGCUGGCAGGCGGCCGUGAGCAUCGUGCGCGCGCUGCCCGGGCCGGCGAGCGCCGUGCUGGCCGCCACCACCGACGCCACGCUGCGCGUGCUGGACGCGCGCGCGCCCGCGCAGCCGCACGAGCUCAAGGUGGUGGCGGGCGGCGCGUCCUUCAUCCGCUGCAUGUGCGUGAGCCCGAGCGGCGCGUGGGCGUGCGUGGGGCUGGCGAGCGGCGCGCUGGCGCUGCUGGACGUGCGCACGGGCGGCACGCGCGCCUCGUGGCGGGCGCACGACGGGGAGGUGCUCCGGUUGGCGGCGGUGGAUGACCACCGAGUUCUGAGCUCCGGUCUGGACCAGGUCACGGCUCUCUGGCGAGUCGACGACGGUGAACUGAUAGCGCAUCUAAAGGGCAGUACGGAACCGGUUCAUUGUUUAUCCGUCUAUUAUGAUGAACUGAUCUCGGGAACAACGAACAAUCGAAUCGGUGUCCACACUUCUUUGGACCAGGAUGCUUCUUUCUCGAGCACCAAGUUGAGAUCGGACACGUUCAAAGGAGUUCUCACUUGUAUGUCAGUUCUACCUUUGAAUCGACUACUGUUGCUCGGCAGUGAUAAUGGUACCAUAAGUUUGCUGUGUUGAUCUCUAAUCAAUACAUCAUUUUAUGGAAAGUUCUGGAAGGAUCAACAAUCUGGUAAGAAAAGUGUUAUUUUAGUAUUAGUAUUAUAUAAUAAAUAGGCAAUUGGUUUGUAGUACAUAUUUCUUUAAAAAUAAUAAUGUCGUAAUUGUUGAAAACUGAUCUCACACUAAAAGAGUAAUGCGUAUGGAUUUUUCUUUCUUUAUGGAAAUGAGGGGGAUGCACUAAUACCUGCGAAUAUCUGCAAAUGGCUAAUGUCCUUAAAAGAUACUAACUUUUUUUGAUUUUGUCGCUUAUUAAGGCAUCUAGCUGUCUGUAGUAUCGGCGAAAAAAAGGCUUGAUUUUGACCAUUAUAUAUUCAAAACUUUUGUAAAUCUUGGGUUCUUAUCGUCAAUAAAGAUGUGCACUAUUUAUUUUGGUUUUUUUUUCGCCAAUGUAAAGCAACACGUAGGUUUUAUAUAUUUACAUUAAUUAUUCUUUCGUCAUUAUAGAAUAAUGCGUACUCUAUAAAUUGUGCUGCAAAAAAAUCUGAUUUAAUAGACGACGCUGCUUUCAUUGCAAAAAGUACAUAACCAUUUUACUCAUAACUUGAAAAAAAUACAUCCUGCUCAAUACUUACAAUAGCGUAUUGUAACUUGUUAACAUUAUAAAUGCAAAAAAAAUGUUGGUAGUCGGGUCGAACAUUCUCGAACGACGAAGCCGCGCGAAUUCGAACAGAUUAAAAAAUAAAUUAGUUAUAUCGUGGAGUAGGGUAGGGUACUUUUUUUAAAAUUAUAGAUAAAAAAUAAUUAAUUUUAAUUUAAGCCGAGCCAAAUGAUUAAUAAUAAUGUUUUUACUUCAGUGAUACGACGAGGUACUCGAUUAUAUGUAUAUGCGUAUAUUACAGGGUUUUUAGUUGUUUUAAAAUAUUAGUCAUUCCAUUUACAAAUCAAGCAUAAAAAAGUGUUUUAGUUGAUAUUUUAUGUGAUAGGAGAUGUUAUUAUACAUGUAACUUUUGAGGACAAUGAACUUACGAUAAAAUAAAGUAAAAUAUAAAAGAAUAGGAUGCGUUUUAUUCGCUGGACAAUAAACAUAUUUAUAUUGAAGGCCCCUGUGGUCGGAAGGCCUACAACCGUAGCCCUUGUAACAUUAGGGGCCUUUUAUUAUCAAUCAUAUGUAAAGUCCCUUGCUUUUACUGGUGAUUGUGAUGAUUAUUAACAUCGAAGCGAAAUCAUCGUAAUAAUAUGACGAAACGUAUUUAUAUAUUUUAAAAGUACAAAUAAAUCAUAACCAAAGAGAUUUUAAGCUGUUAUUUACGUUAAUUACUUUGAUAUGAACUUGCUUUCUUCACUUGUGCGGCUAUCUCCAUUUGUCUUUUAAUAUUUUAUA